AUGCACCAGUUCACUUCAACGGGCAAGUUGGACUUCGAGACUGUUAUAAAAAGUCUGGAUUACCUCGAGCAAGUAACCAAGGAGACAUUGCGGCUCUACCCUCCGGGUCUUACCUUCGUGACGAGACAAGCCAAGGAUGACUUCGCCUACAAGGGCACACAGUUCAAGGCCGGGACGUGCUUCAUGGUGCCGUUAUACCAGAUCCAGAGGGACCCACGCUUCUGGCCUGAACCUCUGCAGUUCAACCCUGGCAGGUUUGCCCCCGAAAACGACGCUGAGCUGAUAAAGGCUGCGUAUAUGCCUUUCGGCGUGGGGCCGCGAAACUGCGUCGGCAAAAGCAUGGCCAUGCUAAAGCUGAAACUGGCGAUGGCAAAGCUGGUGCUCAAGUACCGCCUGGAGCUUGGCCCUUCGCAAAUGGGUCAAAUGGACAUCAAUUCACGUGCGAUGGUGUCGACACCUGCGAGAGGACCGUGGAUCAUCAUUCGUCACAUCAGUAACCGCCUAUAGUAAUGUUUAAUCAUGAACGUUUACGAACUAGCCCAACUCGCGAUGUGGUUGCCUGUUGCAACGUCCGUGUCUGAAACUUUCGCAGCGAACAUGUCAUCCACACUCCAAGGGCACGUAUACCUACAGGCGGUGACACACGAAUUGGCGAUCAUGAAAUGGCGCUGGCCCUACCAUUUUGACGCUUCGCUGUAAAGCAAUCUUCCCUAUCGCUGUGAACGGCCGUAUGCUU